AUGGCAGGACUUGGAAAAGCCGCUUGUUGUUGGACAUGCAAAAUCAGGCAUGUCAAAUGCGACGCUACACCAUCAGCAUGUCUCCAGUGUACUAGUAGGCAGGUCCAUUGUCACGGCUAUGGUCCAAUGCCAUCAUGGAUGGACGGAGGCGAAAACGAAAAGGAACAGAAGCAACGAAUUAAGCUUGCUGUAAAGAAGAACUUCAAAGAGAAAAAGAGUCUCCAGGCUCAUCAACGCAGAGGCCAUACUCGAGCCAUACGGCGAGGACAGAACUUAUCAAGAGCUGCUAAAGAGGUUAUAGAAGUCAACAAAACUUCUCAACUGGUGUGUCAUGACAGCAAUGAGGUCUUACUUAACUCUCCAGUAAAUGUCCGCUCGGGAUCUACAACAUCGUCAGCAUUGACUCCUCGAUCCUUCCAGGUCCUCUCAGGACAAUCAUUCCCUAAGCCCCUUGAAUACGGCGAAGCUGAUCUUCUGAUGCAUUAUCUGGAUCAUGUUUUUCCCUACCAAUACCCAUUUUUUGACAAAGGGAAAUGGUCUCGAGGGUGGCUUCUCUGGCUUCUGAGUAAAAAUGGGCCGCUCUGUCGAGCAUCUCUAGGUCUUGCAGCGCUACAUCAACGGUCGUUGCUGGGCGAGACAAAUAACCAUCACAUUGAACUUGAGUUUCAUACCAAAGCGGUUAGGCAGCUCCACGACUUUCUUUUGUCAAUCGAUAUCAAUGAACUUCGGCCAGAUAAUGAGAUCCUGGUCGAGAUAAUCACUUGCGGUGUAACACUUAUCAGUUUUGAGGUGAAUAUGAACACAGCCCAUGGCAGAUACACAAAAGCUCGUGUGAUGGGUGCUGACGAACGGCAGGUCCUGCGAGGAAGUGCGACAGACUGGCAACCGCAUUUAUGUGCCAUGGCUUCCAUUGCAGUCAAGAUACAUGAUCAGCUUCAGUCCCCCAUCUUUGAAAGCAGAGCUACUGCUGUUAUGGCCUUCCAUAUUCCUGUCCUACUUUGGAUGGACUUACUGGCCUGUGUAGCGACUCGGGAGAAAGCCAAACUUCCGUACAAUGAGUGGCUGGGACCAAGUUGCAACUUUCAGCUUGCACAUAUAAUGGGCUGCCAUAACUCAGUGAUGAAGUCCAUAGGGGACUUGGCUGCUUUAAGUCAUUACAAGCUAAAUUCUCUUCCUACAGACAGUUUUGAUACUGAGGAAUUUGAGAAGACAAGACAAAACAUCGAAGAUGAACUAGAGAAUGCCAUAGAAUCAACACCAAUGGCCUUGAUAGAAUUUCGAGGACUGUCGCCCUGUUUUCUGGCUACCCUAGCAUCUAACCAAGCGAAAUCAUUGCAGCCAUCCGUUCAAGAUUGCGUCACUCGCAUAUUCGCCGCUGCAGCAUUGGUCCAGCUGGAUGCUGUGAGCGCUGAAGUCUCAAAGGAUAUCACUUCGACUCGAAUGAGAAGAGCGGUGAGCCGAGUGAUACUAGAGAUCAAAAUGGCAAACCAAAUGGUGUCUCCUCGGCAGUUGAGCUGGCCUAUUUGCGUUGCUGGUUGCAUGGCUGAUCAAGACCAGCAGCCAUUCUUCGAAGCAUUACUGGAUGGCGUAUUAUCCAAAGGAACUGGCAUGAUAGGAAACUGCGUGAUUGUUCGUGAUAUCUUGAGGACCUCUUGGAAGAAUAAGGUUGGGAAGCCGAAUGAACAGUGGGACUGUAGUAACACCAUGCAGCAGAUGGACAUCUGUGCCCUUUUGAUAUGA